AUGGAAAAUUGUAAGACAAAAUGUGAAUCAACUGGAUUAAUAAAAAAAAUGAAUAGCUUGGAAAUGUGUAUUCUCGUGUCAUUUUGGAAUGAUAUUUUAGAGAGGUUUAACAGUACAAGCAAAAAAUUACAGACUAUUGAAAUUGAUCUGACAAUUGUUGUAAACCUAUACACAUCUUUAAUUCAUUAUAUAACAGAUUUAAGAAAUACUUUUUCACACUAUGAAAAACUAGCUAUGGAAAAAUCUGAAAUUAAAGAGUAUAAAGUUGUCAGGAAGAAGAAAAGAAAAGUACCAUACGAUGAAUCAUGUCAAGGCGACACAUCAUUUGAAGCUAGAGAAUCAUUUAAAAUAAACACAUAUUUUGUCAUAAUAGAUUCAUUACUUUCAGAGUUAAGGAAGCGUAAAAACUGUUAUGAUGAUAUUAAUACUAUGUUCGGAUUUUUUUCAAACAUUAUUGAUUUACCAGUAACUGAAGUGAGAAAGAAAGCUACCAAAUUACAGAGUCAGUAUCCUGAGAUCUCGAUGAAUCAUUUAUAA